CCAAUCAGCAUGCUAUCUGAAUAAAAGUUGUUUUCUGUCUGCAAAUUCCAUGCCGGUAGUUUCAUAUUUGUAAAUAAUAAUGUCUACUCAUUGUCAUGUUACUCCCCAUUAAUUUAAAAUUUGUGUUAGAAGUUACAAGCUCUUAUUACUUAUGAAAACUAAAAGGAUUUAAUUUUCUUUUACCUUGUUUUAUUAUUUUAUAUGAUCAUGAUUUAAUGUUUAAUAUAGUGAUAUUGUCAAUUUUUAACUAAAUCAAUUACCUUAUUUACAUGGCAUUUCAAGAAAACUCCAAUAAAGAAAGAUUUUCCUUGUUGCUUCUUGAGCCAGGUGAAAUUUAUUUUGAAGAUUACAGCUGUUAUUGUUAUCCAGGAAAAAUAUCUGAAAGUGAAGCAUGUCGACGAAACCAGAAAGGUCGUCUGAAAGUUUGCUCUAAAUCUAUUCUAUUUGACCCUAAAGAUGUGUGCAAUCCUAUUCUUAAGCUCCCUCUUCGUGAUUGCCGGUCAGUUGAAAGAUGGCAAGGAUCAUUGCUUUCAAAGAUUGACAAAGGAAAUGUUAUAUUUGUUGAAUGUGAUCAAGUGAUUGAAAUGUUAGAUGGGAACUUUAUAGCUCCAUAUAAAUUUAAAAGAGAAAAAACCACAUUUUUAUUUGCCCUCCAGUAUGUAUCAGCAAAUGAUUGUGUGGCUCAGAUAUCUCAAUUAAAAAGAGCAUCUCAAUUAGCUAGUGCUGAACAAGCUUCUAUGAUUGCUGCAAUUGUAAGUUGCCGGCAAAGUAGUACUAAAUUUGAUACCAGUUGGUUAGAGGAUUUACAUGAAACAAUACUUUUAGAAACUAUGGGAAACAAAAUAAUACCUUUAGUUGUGAAUCCUGGUCGAAUUCUUUUAACGACAAGUCGCCUAUAUUUUCAGCCUUAUAAUAAUGCAGAACCUUGGCCUGUUUUAAAAAUUAAACUGUCUGAUAUCAAAAGGGUAAUCAAAAGAAGAUUUUUGCUCAAACAAGUGGGGUUAGAGUUAUAUUGUUCGAAGCAUUCUUCCACCAAGCAUUUGUUUCUAUCAUUCAAAACUCAAAGUGAACGAGAUACUUUGUAUACAAAAUUAGUCCAAGAGCCUGCUGUAAAAUUGGAUGAUAGUGGACAAGAAAACAUGACUUUGUUAUGGCAAAAUGGGGUGAUAUCUAACUAUGAAUAUCUUUUAUAUCUCAAUAGUUUGGCUGACCGCAGUUUUAAUGAUUUGACACAAUAUCCUGUAUUUCCUUGGGUUUUAUCUGAUUAUACAUCUGAAUCAAUAGAUUUGGCUGACACAUCAAUUUAUAGAGAUUUGACAAAGCCAGUAGGUGCAUUAAAUGAAGAAAGACUGAAAAGACUAAAGGAUAGGUAUAAUGAAAUGGCAGAACCUAAGUUUUUAUAUGGUUCUCAUUAUUCUACUCCAGGUUUUGUGCUUUACUAUCUUGUGAGAAAAAUGCCACAAUACAUGCUAUGCUUACAAAAUGGCAGAUUUGAUCAUCCAGAUCGUAUGUUCAACAGUGUUCCUGAUACAUGGCGCAAUAUUACUACUAAUACUUCUGAUUUUAAAGAAUUGGUUCCUCAGUUUUAUGAUAUAGAAGGAAAAGGAUCUUUUCUAGUUAAUGCAAAAAAUUUAGAUUUUGGUACCAAAAGUGAUGGCUGUAAAGUAGGAGAUGUUGAACUUCCUGCUUGGGCAAAAGAUCCCAUGGAUUUUGUUAAGGUUUUGCGGGAAGCUUUAGAGUCAGAUUAUGUUUCUUGCAAUUUAAAUCAUUGGAUCGACCUCAUAUUCGGCUACAAACAAAGAGGAGAUGAAGCAGUGAAAGCAAAUAAUGUAUUUUAUCACUUGACUUAUGAAGGAGCUGUUGACUUAGACAGUAUAAAUGAUGUGAAUGAAAGAUAUUCUCUAGAAGUUCAAAUUAUGGAAUUUGGACAAAUUCCUAAACAGUUGUUCACAAAACCACACCCUCAAAGGAGGUUGCCUUCACCAUUAGACAAUCUCUCUGAUCCCAUUCAAAAUUUAAUUUCUUCUAAAAGUAGCAGAACUUCAUCUGUAUCAAGUACCAGAUCUGAAUCAUCAUCAAAAAGAUGGAAUAAAGAUGUUACAAAGCUUACGCUUUGUUUCGAUUGUAAAGGACACAAAGAAGUCAUCACUGAUGUUUGCAUUACCAGAGAUAAAAAACACAUCUUUUCUGUUUCAAAAGAUGGUCUUCUUAAAAUGUAUUCUUUAGAAGAAAAAAGACAAUUAAGAAGUAUCAAUGUAUAUAACAUGGCCUUAUCUUCUUGUUCAUUGAUGGAAGACGGUCGUACAGUUAUUGUUGGUUCUUGGGACAAUUAUGUAUAUUUAUAUAAUGUUGAAUAUGGAAAACUUUUAGCUACAACUAUGGCUCAUGAUGAUUGUGUAACUGAUAUAUGCUUUAAUAAUGGCUUACUUGCCACUGCAUCUCUGGAUUCUACAGCAAAAGUUUGGAGAUACGAAGCAGUUGAAGGAAUGCGUCCAACUUUCAAUUUAAGUGCAGAGCUUGAUCACGAAUCUGGUGUAUACUGUCUUGAUAUAAAUGAAAAAAAUACCAUUCUUGUUACUGGAAGUUGUAGUGGUUAUAUUUAUAUAUGGGAUUUGAAUUCAUAUGUACUCAUAGGACAGCAUCAAUUUCACAUGGGUGUCGUAUAUGAUGUUAAAUUCAGUCCAGAUGGUCAAAAAGUAGUUUCUUGUGGUGGUGAUAAGACUUUGAAGAUUAUAGAUAGUCAAACAGCUACUUUGCUUUUUAGUACAGAAACAAAGGAAGAUCUGAGGUGCUUAUGCUGGGAUGGAUGUGUUGCAAUGGUAGGAACAACAUCUGGAAAUCUACUAAUUUGGGAUCUUUUCAAGGGUGAAUUACUUCAGACUUUGCCUGCCCAUUCAGGUGCUGUAUCUUGUGUAUCAAUAUCAGGGAAUGGUGAAAUAUUAGUAACAGGUGGAGAAGAUCUCAGAACUAUAGCCUGGCGAAUACAAGAUGAUUAAAUUUCCCUAUGCCAUAUAUUUGGAAAACAUAAUACUUAACCUGAUACUUUUGUAAAUUGUACAGUAAUAAAUGAUAUUUAUAAGAA